AUGCCCGACAUUAGAAGUUUCUUCGGCGGAGGAGGUGGAGGAGCAAAGGCCGCAGCGAAGGGCGUCGGGUCGGAGGCAACUAAGAAAAACAUCUCGACCUCCAAGCAAAAUUCCAAACAGCGUGGGCGUGCUCGCAAGGUCGUCUCAGACGAUGAAGAUGAUGAUGAGGUUGUCGAAACCAAGCCCAAGAAAUCCUCAACGCCGAAAGCGAAGCGAAUCGUCAAGGAACCUGUAGAGGAGGAGAUCACAAGCUCGGCUUACUUUGCCUCCUCAAAAGCCAGCCGCAGUAAAUCCACCCCGAUCAAAACCAAAGCUGCGAAUGCAAAUGGAACCGCAAACUCUCCCUCAAAGACCACGAACGCCGAAACUCCCUCUAGCGGUCGAAGAUCGACGAGGAAGACUACAAUGAAGAACUAUACAGAAGAUGAUGCAGAAAUACCAAACACUGUGCUACAAGACGACUCAGAAGGGCACGACGAUAUCUUCAACGACUUCAAGAGCAGGAAAGUUGAUGAUGAUUAUGAAGAAGGCUCGGAUGCCGACGUUCUGAUGCCUCAAAAGAAAAAUAACAAAGCAGCAAAUGGGAAUGCGAAAAAACCACUACCGGACGAAGACGACGAUGAUGUUGAAGUGGCUGAGAUACCUAUAUACGAUAGACCCGGUGACCGGAAAAAGAGGUCGGCAGCACCAUCUAAUCGCAAGCGGAAAUCCAAAGACCUCGACGAGGAUGAAGAUAAUGAUUUCCUGGACGAUGGCGAUGCAACUCCCAAGAAGAAGCCGAGAAAGACAACAGCCACGACAUCCACAAGACCCCGUGCACCCGCCAAGAAGGAAGAGCGAGAAGAAAGCAAAGAGAUACAAGAUAUUCUAUCUAGUAUUCCCACCGUUCGAGCUCCUACUCCACCGCCACGAGACGAGAAUAAGAAGUUUACCUUUCAGCCUGGAGGUGGAAAUGCCAGUGUUGCACCACCGGCAGCAGGGACGGCAGAAAUCCCUGUGGGAGCAGAAAAUUGUCUCACUGGGCUGACCUUUGUCUUCACUGGUGUUCUGAAUGCCUUGGGCCGAGAAGAAGGACAAAACCUUGUGAAACAAUACGGCGGCAAGGUUACUGGCGCUCCAUCAAAGAAAACAAGCUAUGUUGUCAUUGGUAGCGAUGCAGGGCCAAAGAAGCUCGAAACCAUUCAGAAGUUGGGGAUCAAGACCAUUAACGAAGAGGGUCUUUUCGAACUGAUCAAGCGUCUUCCUGCCAAUGGUGGCGACGGGAAAGCCGCCGAAGCCUAUGCGGAGAAGCAAGCCAAAGAAGAUGCCAAGAUUCGCAAAGAAGCAGAGGAGAUGGAACGACGAGAAAAGGAGAGGCAGCAAGAGGCAGCGAAAGUAGCGAAAGCCGCUGCUGCUCGAACCGGCGCGUCGGUUCCGGCCGACAAGUCUCAAGGACGAAAAGUUGACGACCGACUAUGGGUGGACAAGUACGCUCCUGAUUCGCUCAGCAGUGUAUGUGGCAACAAAAGUGCCGUCGAAGGUUUACAGAGAUGGCUUCGCAAUUGGCCAAACAACGCAAAGUCCAACUUCAAAAAGGCCGGCGCCGAUGGAAAGGGCAUCUUCCGCGCCGCCUUGCUUCAUGGGCCUCCGGGCGUGGGAAAGACGACGGCUGCUCACCUGGUAGCCAAACUUGAGGGCUAUGACAUUGUGGAGAGCAAUGCGAGCGAGACCCGAAACAAGAAAUUGUUGGAGCAAGGCUUAACCGGGGUUCUGGACACCACAUCCCUCCUCGGUUAUUUUGCUGGUGAUGGGAAGAAAGUCGACCCCUCCAAAAAGAAGAUUGUCUUGAUUAUGGACGAAGUCGACGGCAUGUCAGCGGGUGAUCGUGGUGGCGUGGGUGCGUUAGCUGCCGUUGCCAAAAAGACCCAUAUUCCGAUGAUUCUGAUCUGCAACGAACGCAACCUGCCAAAGAUGAAGCCAUUCUACCAUGUGACUGCCGAAUUCCAGUUUAGAAGGCCGACUACGGACAUGAUCCGGGGUCGAAUUGCCACGAUACUGUUCCGCGAAGGCAUGAAACUCCCGCCUCCGAUCAUGAAUGCUUUGAUCGAAGGGUGCAAUGGAGACAUUCGUCAAAUCGUCAACAUGAUCUCGACAAUCAAGCUUGACAACAAGGAUCUUGAAUUUAGCGACACCAAAGCCAUGUCCAAGGCUUGGGAGAAACAUGUCAUUCUCAAACCAUGGGAUAUUGUUAGCAAAAUUCUCCGACCACAGAUGUUUGCCCCCAGCUCCACGGCCACCUUGAACGACAAAACCGAGUUGUACUUCAACGACCACGAAUUCAGUUAUUUGAUGCUUCAGGAGAACUACCUCAAAACUCAACCUAGUCUUGCAGCGUCCUAUCAUGGUAAAGAACGGGACAUGAAAAUGCUGGAACUCAUCGACAACGCUGCCUCCAGUAUCAGUGACGGUGACCUGGUUGAUCGGAUGAUACACGGCUCACAGCAACAAUGGAGUCUCAUGCCUGUGCAUGCCAUUUUCAGCUUUGUGCAGCCAGCUAGUUUUGUUUAUGGUAAUCUCAACGGACAGGUUAGUUUUGCUGGCUGGCUUGGCCAAAAUAGCAAACAGGGCAAACUCUCUCGCUUCAUCAAGGAAAUUCAAGGCCAUAUGCGUCUCCGUGCAAAUGCCGAUCGCAAUGAAGUGCGCCAACAAUACCUCCCGGCUCUUUGGGACAAAACAGUCGGGACACUCCAAAACGAGGGCAAGGAAGCGGUUCAGGACGUCAUUGAUUUCAUGGAUUCAUAUUAUCUGACCAAAGAUGAUUUCGAUGCCAUGCUGGAAUUGGGCGUGGGUCCCAUGGACCAAGAGAAGGUGAAGCUCGAAACGGCGACAAAGGCCACGUUCACCCGGUUGUACAACUCUCAGAGCCACCCCAUGCCAUUUGUCAAGGCCAGCAAUGUUUUGGGCGUAGCCAAGGGGGCGGGCCCGAAGGAGAAACCGGAUCUGGAGGAGGCAGUCGAUGAAUCCGAACCCGACGAGGUUCUCGAUGUUGAGGCUGAAGAGGCUGAAGAUGAGGCAUUGGACUUGAAGAAAGACAAGUACAUCAAAGCACCAAAGAAGAAGAGCACCGCAGCCGGUGGCGCGAAGGGAAAGGGGAAGAGAAAGAAAGACGGGGAGGAUGCGGAUGGCGAUGAUAGUGAAGAGCCGCCCAAGAAGAAGAGAGCUUCGGGCGGUGGUGGAGGUGGAGGUGGGAGGAAGGGGAAGGGAAGAGCUUGA